AGCGAACGCGGCCCCAACAUACACGCCCAGCUGGCGCGAAACUAUCCACCCACAUGGCGAUAAGGUUGCGCCCGCCACUGCCAUUUCUAAUUUUCACGCCAACCACCACCACCACCUCGAUACGAUGAUGGCGCCGUGCCACUGCAACUACGAGCACUGCGACCGGUUCGCCAAGCAGAGCGGUCUCUGCCUCACGCACUUUCGGUGGGUCCACCCGACGCCGCCCGCCGCUGUCUCGUCGCCGACCACGAGUGCGACCAUGACGAGCUCGCCGCGCUUCGGCGCCGACCCGAAGCUCAAGCUCAAGAACCGUAACCGCAAGUGCCGCACCGAGCACUGCCUCUCGUACGCGCGCAGCGGCGGCUUUUGCACGCGCCACGGUGGUGGCCGCAAGUGCCGGUUCGAAAACUGCUCGACCGCGUCGCAAACCGGCGGCUACUGCCGGCUGCACGGCGGCGGCUCGCGCUGCCGCGUCGCCAACUGCGCUCAGUUUGCCCGCAUCGGCGGCCUCUGCCUACAGCACAACCGCGGGCGUGAAGCCAUCAAGCCCGACGACGCGCCCAUGCUCUUCCCCGUGCACGCCUAGAUGCACCCUAGUUUUUAUUGUAAUUUGAUUCUUAUUUAGCACUUGUACUCGACAGA